AUGAGCAGUUCAAGUAUUAGACCACCACCUCAACAAGCUCCUCUAACUCUUGAUACAAACACUGCAGAGUUGAUUACAAAGACCAAUAAGAAGAUAUCAGACUAUGUUCAUCAGAUUGCUAAUGAACCAAGUGUAGGACUGUUCCAUGUACAGGAGCACAUCAGGAAAGCAGUACCAAAGAAUGUAACAUUAAAGAAGGACAUGAAGUCAUUGUCCACUCAUAUAGAAGAAGUGUCAUACGAGGUCAAUGACUCUACUAGCACCGUACAGAUAUUUGCAGAGAUCAACACAUUCGAUCACAUACAUAAGAUGCUUCUGUCCUCUAUUGACAAGGUAUCAAAGUUGGUCAAUAAUAAGCAACUUCAAUUUGUAAACUCAUCACAUCUGAAGCCUACUGCAUCAACUACAUUCAGUAGCUUUCACAAGACAUUCGAGCCCUCCACUGUCCCAACAUCAUCAUCAUCAUUGUCGUCUUCAUCAUCAAACACUCAAACCAAUGCAUCAGUGUUGUCAUCCUCGCAAGUCACUGGCACCUCAGACUUGGGCGCCUCACAGGAUAACAACAACAACAACAACAUAGUUGUCAACAAUAGUGGCAAUGAUAUACCAAUAGAGUCGAAUACAUCAGCAGCAGUAACAUCAAUGAAUAUGAAUGAAUCACAAGAUGGUACAACGAGCGAACAACAAAUGUCAACAAGUGCGGACUCUUUCAACGAGAUACCAGUGUCCUCGACGCCACCAAGCAGCAGUAGUUCAAUCGACUACCUAUCGACAUCGUCAUCAAAGAAGAAGACCACUGGCAAGAAGAAGUCUACAACAAGCAAUGGUACACCAAAGAAGAAGAAGGAGGAGGUUAUACUUCAGCCAAAGCAGUUU